CGCUCCUGCCUGAGGCGCGCAUGCGCGAAGGCGCUCUGGCGCCACCACCUCUAUGGUCGGCCGUUAGCGCGGCGCUUCCGGCGGGCGCGGGGCGUUGUGGGGGAUCGUCGGGCGCCUCUCAGUCGGCGGCGGAGUCUGCAGAGCGGAGCGUGAUGUCUCACACAAUUCUACUUGUGCAGCCUACCAAGAGGCCAGAAGGCCGAACAUACGCCGAUUAUGAAUCGGUGAAUGAGUGCAUGGAAGGAGUCUGUAAAAUGUAUGAAGAGCAUUUGAAGAGAAUGAAUCCCAACAGUCCAUCCAUUACAUAUGAUAUCAGCCAGUUGUUUGACUUCAUUGAUGACUUGGCAGACCUCAGCUGUCUUGUUUACCGUGCUGAUACUCAGACAUACCAACCAUACAAUAAAGACUGGAUAAAGGAGAAGAUUUACGUCCUCCUCCGCAGGCAGGCUCAGCAAGCAAGCAAAUAAUGGGGGCACCGUCCUUAUGUGGGUUUGGGGGAGGGCUUGGACAACAGGUGUGUACAGAGUGCAGUAGUGAAAGUUUUGUAUUAUAGUCAUCCUGUUGCCAUCUUGUUAAACUCUUUAGUCAGGCCUGAAUGUUUUGUUAGAGAUGCAAGGAUUUUGUUGGAUUCGACCUUUUUUUCCAGUGUAAUUGGAGAAGAAAGUGCAACAUCUUCAGCAAAGUUUUGUUUUUUCCUCUGGUCAGCUAACGGUCCUACCUUAUUUGAACCCCUGGGGCUGUUCACAUUGUAUUUCACCACACUUACUGUAUGUGCCCUUCUGUGGGGUUUCCAGUGUUUAGUUUUGUCCUUGAGGCGAUCUUAAUGGGAAAUAAACUACCCUUUAGUUAAA